UUUGAAAGCGUUUCCUGGGGAAACAACGGUGGCCUGCCUGCGCCAUGGAGCCGAGGGUCGUCAAGCCACCUGGGCAGGACUUGGCUGUCGAGCGUCUCAAAAGCCGCUAUGGGCUCGGGGGUCCCUUCCUUGCGGAGUUUGAUUUUUCAGAUUUUAAGCAGGCUAAAUGUAAGAGAAGAUCUCCAAUUUCUCCAGAUGGUUUUGAUACCUAUUCUUCUGGAGAUAAAGCUGGUUCAUCAUUAAGAUGUUAUCCAGAGGAAAGCAAGUAUUGCAGAACACCUCUUACAGGUUCAUUCAAGCACUUAAAUAUGAAUUGCCUAGAUGAUUACCUGGAAUCUUCUCGAAAUUUGAAGCAAUUGGAAACAGAAGAGUUAAUUGAAAAUGAUCACAGAGUUAGUACGUCCAAAAUAAAUAAGCAGUCUUUUAAAGAAACAAAAAAAGCGGGCAGCAGAACCUGCGACCUCAUGUCUAAGUCUUUUAAUUUCACCGAAUAUUUUAAUGAAGCAUGUGAUUCUCAGUUUAAACAUACUGCUUCACCGACAACUAAAGGAUCAAAUAAGCAGCGUUUACUUCCACAUCAAAUUAGUCAGAUAUAUGACGAGUUAUAUCUAAUACAUCAGAAACUGCAGAGUGAAACUGCAGUGCAACAGGAGUUUGCGGAAGAACUUCAGAAACGAGAAUGUUUUUUAGUGGAAAGAGAACAACUGCUUUACAGACAUGAGAAUGCAUUGAGUAAAAUUAAAGGUGUCAAAGAUGAGGUUCUAACAAGAUUUCGGAUUAUAAAGGAGCAACAUGACGCAGAAGUCCAACAGUUAGCUGAAGUUCUUAAAGAGAAAAAAAAAGAAAGCAAGAGAUUAAGGUCUUCUUUUGAUGCACUGAAGGAAUUGAAUGAUAACUUAAAAAAACAGUUAAAUGAAGUAAGUGAAGAAAACAAGAAGAUGGAGCUACAGGCUAAAAGAGUUCAAGCUCGUUUAGAUAAUUUACAGAGGAAGUAUGAGUUUAUGACAGUACAGCGAAUGAAAGGAAUUUCUCAUGCUGCACAUGAAAUAAAAAGUUUGAAACAAGAAAAAGUACCAGUUUCAAAAAGUUGUUCUAAGGUGCCACUUAAUGCUCAAGUUUAUGAACUCCUAACUGUCUUCAUGGACUGGAUUUCAGAUCAUCAUCUUAGUAGACCAAAAACUGAAGAAUCUGGAAUGGAUAAUGAAAAAUCACAACUUAGCUUUGCUUCUCAGAUAACUAGUAGUAUUCAGGAAAAGUGUGUAAAGCUAUUGCCUAUGAUGACAGAGCAGCUACAGUGGAUGCCAUUUGUGAAUGUUAAAUUUCAUGAACCUUUUGUAAAAUUUAUAUAUUGGUCUUUAAGGCAGCUGGAUGCUGGGACACAGCAUUCAACUAUGACAUCAACAUUGAGGAGGCUGGGUGAAGAUAUUUUUAAAGGAAUAGUAACUAAGGGAAUUCAAGACAAUUCUGUGGAGAGUAAACCAAAGUUAGCAGUUUUCUUUAAGAGCUCCGAAUUACCAUUGAGAUUCUUAUCAACCUUAAUUGUCCUCAAAACUGUCACUCAAGCGGAUUAUUUGGCUCAGGCAUUUGAUUCUCUUUGUUUGGACUUGAAGACGGAUGAAGGAAAAGCCUUAUUUUUGGAGUAUCAAGCUGUUCCAGUAAUAUUAAGUCAUCUAAGAAUAUCUAAUAAAGGACUCCUAUCCAAUGUCAUUGAUAGUUUGCUUCAGAUGACAGUGGAAUCUAAAUCUUUGAAGCCUUUCCUAGAAGCCUGUAGCACGACUUUAUUUUUUCGUACUUGCUCCGUUUUGCUUCGAACUCCUAAGCUUGAUCUUCAAAUACUAGAAAAGCUCAGUAUUAUUCUACAGAAACUUUCCAAAAUCAAGAGUAAUAAGAAGCUCUUUGAACUUUUUACUAUUCAUCUGAUGCUUCAAGAACUACAAAGGACCACACAUCCAGAGCAUGCCUUUCUCUGUAUUAACUUAAAUUCAACUCUAUUCAAUUUGGGCUUAACAAAAUGUAAUUCUCUAGCCUCUAAUGCAUGCCAUUAGGCCGGCUGCUUAUUAUUAUCAUUAUGUUGUUGUUGUAUGUCAUAUUUAUAAGAUUGUAAAUCACCAAAUUAACUAAAAUAUAUGCCAAGUAAAGUUAUCAGUAGCAUUAUUUAUCAUGAAAAAUAGAAUUUUUAAUUUUUAAAUUGAAAUCUAUAGAAACUAGGGUAUUUUUUGAACGUUUCAAUUUAACAAAUUAAUAAUAACAAAUGUACAGAAUGGAAUGUACAGGGUUAAUGUUGCUGGGGUUAGUAUUUGUAAAAGUUUUAGGAAAAUUCUUUAAAUUAUGUGAUCAUUUGGAAUAAAAUUGGUAUUUAUGUGGGA